AUGAAGAAAAGUCCGGGUCUCUCUGACUACCUUUGGGCCUGGACCCUCUUUCUGACCACACUGACUGGAAGAAGCUAUGGACAACCCUCAUUACAAGAUGAACUUAAAGACAACACCACUGUCUUCACCAGGAUUUUGGACCGACUCCUAGAUGGUUAUGACAAUCGCCUGAGACCGGGAUUAGGAGAGCGUGUAACUGAAGUGAAGACUGACAUCUUCGUCACCAGUUUCGGACCCGUUUCAGACCAUGAUAUGGAAUAUACAAUAGAUGUAUUUUUCCGUCAAAGCUGGAAGGAUGAAAGGUUAAAAUUUAAAGGACCUAUGACAGUACUGCGAUUAAAUAACCUAAUGGCAAGUAAAAUCUGGACUCCGGAUACCUUUUUCCACAAUGGAAAGAAGUCAGUGGCGCACAACAUGACCAUGCCGAACAAGCUCCUGCGCAUCACAGAGGACGGCACUCUGUUGUACACCAUGAGACUGACAGUGAGAGCUGAGUGUCCAAUGCAUUUGGAGGAUUUCCCUAUGGAUGCACAUGCCUGCCCACUAAAAUUUGGAAGCUAUGCUUAUACAAGAGCAGAAGUUGUUUAUGAGUGGACCAGAGAGCCAGCACGCUCAGUGGUUGUAGCAGAAGAUGGCUCACGCCUAAACCAGUACGAUCUCCUUGGACAGACAGUAGAUUCUGGAAUUGUUCAGUCUAGUACAGGAGAGUAUGUUGUUAUGACCACUCAUUUCCACCUGAAGAGAAAGAUUGGAUAUUUUGUUAUUCAAACAUACCUGCCGUGCAUAAUGACAGUUAUUCUUUCCCAAGUCUCAUUCUGGCUCAACAGAGAGUCUGUACCAGCGAGGACUGUCUUUGGAGUCACAACUGUGCUCACCAUGACAACUUUGAGUAUCAGUGCCAGAAAUUCCCUCCCUAAGGUGGCUUAUGCAACUGCCAUGGAUUGGUUUAUUGCAGUGUGCUAUGCCUUUGUAUUCUCAGCUCUGAUCGAGUUUGCCACAGUAAACUAUUUCACCAAGAGAGGUUAUGCAUGGGAUGGGAAAAGUGUGGUUCCAGAAAAGCCAAAGAAAGUGAAGGACCCUCUUAUUAAGAAAAACAACACCUAUGCUCCAACAGCAACCAGCUACACUCCUAAUCUGGCCAGGGGUGACCCCGGCUUAGCCACCAUUGCUAAAAGUGCAACCAUAGAACCAAAAGAAGUCAAGCCGGAAACAAAACCACCAGAACCGAAGAAAACCUUUAACAGUGUCAGCAAAAUUGACCGACUGUCAAGAAUAGCCUUCCCACUGUUAUUUGGAAUCUUUAACUUGGUCUAUUGGGCAACAUAUUUAAACAGAGAGCCUCAGCUAAAAGCCCCCACCCCACAUCAAUAG